CAUAAACCAAAUCAACCUUGAAGAUCCUCCCGAUUCCGAAUCAAAUCUGUCGGAUCUCCCUUUCCAACUGUCAGAUUUUCCUCUCCAAUGGAUUCCCAAUCGUCCCUUCUCUCCAUCCAUAGAUAUUUAAACUCCUCCAUCUCUCCCGUCUUCUCAUCGUCCUUCAUCCCCCGAUCUCCGUUUUCCACCUUCGUCUCGAAUCCAUGGGCGUCGCUCUCGAGUCCUCGCAGUUCCAUGUUCUUGCUGUUGAUGAUAGCUUCAUCGACAGGAAAUUGAUCGAGCGCCUCCUCCAGACCUCCUCCUAUCACGUUACUGCUGUUGAUUCCGGUAGCAAGGCCUUGGAAUUUCUCGGUCUUCUUCAAGAACAUGAUGAUGAAACAGACUCCAAAAUCCACUCGAAUCAUCAUCAAGAAGUGGAAGUAAAUCUGAUCAUUACAGAUUACAGUAUGCCUGGAAUGAGUGGCUACGAUCUCCUCCGGAGGAUCAAGGAAUCAAAAUCGCUUAAAGACAUACCAGUUGUGAUAAUGUCUUCGGAGAACGUCCCGUCGAGAAUAAACAGAUGCUUGGAAGAAGGAGCGGAAGAGUUCUUCCUCAAACCAGUUCAAUUGUCAGAUGUGAGGAAGCUGAGACCUCAUUUGGUCAAAGAAAGAUCCGCAAGAACUUGAAUCCACUCUCUCUUCAACUAAUUUGAUUCUAAUUUUAGUGAUUCUGUAAAGAAUUAGAUCCGAAACUGACAACUAUUUCAUUACUAGCAAGUUCUAAACACAGAUUUUCCCGGGAAACUAACAGAAGAAAAAAAAAAAAGAAAAUGUAUAGAUCUGAUGUUCAAUUUUGCCUGCCGAUUAAUGGAGUAAUUUAUUUUCCCCUCUA